CUCCCUCAUAUAUGGAUGGGAGUAUAUGGAUAUAAUCUUAGAAUAAGUGUUGGAGAAAGAUACAGAUAUAAUUAUGAAUACAAUGAAACAAUUCCUAGAGAAUUUUUAACAGAUAUGAUUGAUGAAAGAGUGAAUAUUUAUCAAUUUUCAAAUUAUAAGAUAAAUGAAUUUGCAGAACAAACAAAGAAAAUAAUAGAAAAAUAUCAAACAAAAUGUAAUCCAAAGAAUAAAAGAUUAGUUAAAAGAGAUAGUAAAUGUGAUAACGAAAUUAAUAUUGAACAUGGACAUGGAGGAUAUGAAUGUGGAGAUAAUGGAGAGUGGAGUUCAAAAUGUGUACUAGCUUAUUGCGAUGAAGGAUAUAAAUUUGAUUAUAUCAACAACAAAUGUAUUAAAGGCAUUUGUUCAAGUGGAAUGCCAAUAAUGACAGUAAACCUAGUCAUGAUAAUACUUGGAAUAAUCACAUUAAUUCUUUAA